GCAAUCAAAGAACACGCAACAAACACACUAACAGAGCGAAAGGUGAAGAUACAAAAGGAGUCACUCUCGCCAACCUAUCUCAUCCGUCCAGCGAACUGCACUCAGUAUUUUCCCAUCAGAAUGUGCGUCCCCAAAAUCUCCGUGGGCUCCUUCUACGGCCUCCCACAAACCUUCCACAUCAGCACUACUGCUCAGAGAUUCUGCCCCCUACUCGCCAUUUUACCCUGCGGCACAUCUCUUCCACGGACCCACACCAAAGUUUUCGACUUAGUUCUUCAAUAUCUCUCCGGCGAUGAAGAACAUGGCAUCGACUCCGCUCUUAUUACCUCACUCCACCCCACACCUAACAUCGUGCUCUUCGCACAAACAUGGGCCCUCGCAGCCCGCAUGAACAUUCCCUAUCUCCAAGACCAUCUCAUCCAGAAAAUGUACGAUAUCUACAAAUCUCUUAUAGAGAAGCUGUAUGACGGUAACGACACUGACACAUCGUCAUCUUCUACAUCUUCUAUUGAGCCAUCACCCCCUGCGACAAUGAUACCACCCCGCCAAAUCGUACGAGCAUUUCUCCAUCUCGACCGCAGCGUUCGUCCAGAUAGCCACGCUGAGAAAUUCCUAAUCUGCUUUAUUGCCGGACUUGUUCCUGAUGCGAGGGUUCUAGAACAGCAGAUGCAGAGGAUGACGAGGCUUGACGAGAGGAUUCGAGAGAAAAUUGUUGCGGAGGCAAGGUUGAAGAGUCUUGAUGGUGGAAAUGGGGACGUUGUAAGGAGAUUUUUGGUCCAUGGGAGGCGUGAAGUGCUUAGGUAUCCGCCGCUUGAGAUUGAGUUUCCUGCUGCGUCGGCGACGGUAACGGCGAAGGCGAGGGCCUUUGGAAGUGGUGGGAUCGCGGGUGCAAGUGCUGCUGCGUAUAGAGGGAUUGGCUUUGUAACUGCUACAGCUAGUGCUAUCUCGAACGGGACAAAUGGAUUUGCGAGCGCCACUGCGACAGCGACGAUCGGCGGUUUCCAUGGAGAAGCGUGUUGCUGCGAUGGUGGCUGUGGAGGCGGAUUGUAUUGCCCUCCAGAUGAACCUGAGCCCCCUGCUGGCCCCAACGAUCAAGACCCUACGCCUCCGCGCCCACCGCCGUCACAGCCACCGGGUGAUUCGUCCGACGGUUCAUCGAGUCAUGCAUCACCCGCAAUUCCUCUUGGACUUCCACAGCCGCCACCACCAUCGUACAGAAGCGAGAAUGUCAAUCUUCCCUCGCAGCUUUUCCCACCAGAGAACGUCAACAUCAUUGGCCCAACACUUCCGUUUCGCCCACAAUCUCCCGUCUCCCACCGACCCCCAGCCCCAGUAUAUCAACUCCCUUCACCUCGAGUUCGUUCUGGCCGGAGAGGGGGUGAACAACAAGAUGCAGCCGGGUUAGACCAUGCCUAUCCACACAACACCGAGCAGGAAAUUCAGGGGAUGCAUCCUGUCGCAACACCGCCGCGUGACUCAACUUCGCCCCCAGAUACUCACCUUGGUGACCCCCUUCGCCUAAAUCCCAUCUCGCAGCAAUAUCACCACAUCGAUAUCUUGCAACCUGUGGACAGGAUUCUUGUAAAUGCUGACGCGAUCCGCCACCUCCCAACGCGUUUCGUCCGUGGAGAGGGGAAUAGAGCACGAUAUACCGAUAUAAAGACGGCUGAGUCGAUGGGGAGGGGAGAUGAUCAUACGAAAUACGGGAAUCGACAUGUUGAUCGGAAGGAGGAGAAAUCGCGUCGGAACCGAGAUGGAAAAAAGAGCAAGGGCAAGGGGAGAGGCGGUGUACGAAGGUUUGUGGAGAAUAUGUGUUGGAAGUAG